CAGAACAACACAGUCGUGCGAGUCAAAGUCAGCUAAUAAAUCAGCAGCAUAACUCAGGAGACCGGGAAAAGUUUUGCUUCAACUUGGGAAAAAUAAAGACUUCAGAAAGACAAAUAUAUACCCAGAAAGCAGAAGUGAAAGAAGAAGUGAAGAUGAAUCUAUUUGUCAUCAUCUCUGUCCUUGCAGUGUUCAGUGUCGACAUGACCUUUUCUCGAAGAUUGCCUAAGAAGAAAAUGAGGUGUCUGUCUGGGGAUGGGAGCAGUUACAGGGGAAUUGUUGACGAAACAUCAAGUGGUCGCAAGUGUCUGUACUGGAAUCUUGUGAGACACCCCUGGGGAAAUCAAGCGGGAGUUGGAAACCACAAUUACUGCAGGAAUCCUGAUCAGAGCCUAAUGCCUUGGUGUUACGUGAGACGAGGACGUUGGGCUGUGAGCGAAUUGUGCCAUGUCCCCGCAUGUUCUCAACCAACAGAAAAACCGACAGUGAGGCCAACAGUAAAGCCAACAUCCAAACCUUAUCCACUGGUGGACACAGAACGGACGUGUGGCGAGCUGUCUGAACGGAGAAUGAAUAAAAUUGUGGGUGGCUUUUUGACAGCCAUUGAGUCACACCCAUGGACUGCUGCCAUUUUCUAUAAAAGAAACAAAUUUCUUUGUGGUGGUUCCCUCAUCUCACCCUGCUGGGUUCUCUCAGCUGCUCACUGUUUCCGCAACGAGGAUGGGGAUUUGAAUGUCAAAGGUCUAUCUGUGUUCCUGGGGAAAACUGACAUCAGUGAAACAGAUGCUGCCAGGGAGCAGAAAUUUACAGUGGAGAAAAUGAUCAUCCACCAAGAUUUUGAUAGCGACAACUUUAACAGCGACAUUGCACUGUUAAAGAUCAGAAACACGAACGGGGGCUGUGCAGUUAAGACCCCCUCUGCACGGACAGUUUGCCUUCCUCCAGCUCUCACUCAGCUCCCUUCAGGAUUCACAUGCAGCAUUGCUGGAUAUGGGAAGGAACAAGAAGGCGCCUGGGAAUACUCUAAACGCUUGAAAAAAACAGAUGUAAAACUGCUCUCCAACACCGACUGUAAUAGAAAAUUGUACUAUGACAAUCGUAUCAAUGAGAACAUGCUGUGUGCUGCUAGCCCUGACUGGAGCACAGACGCCUGCCAUGGUGAUUCAGGUGGUCCUCUGGUGUGUGAAGCUUCAGGCCGAAUGUUUCUGUUCGGUGUGGUGAGCUGGGGCGAAGGUUGCGCCAAGAAGAACAAGCCAGGUGUUUACACCCAGGUGACCAACUACAACUCAUGGAUUGCAGAGAAAACGGGUCUCACUGCAUACACAACAGGACUGAUGUAUCCCCAGAAAUGAAACCGCUGCAAAACCUUAUAAUUUAUUUUAUAAUUUAUCAGAGAAUAUUUAUGAAACCAAACAUUUUGGCAGCUCUUUUAAAACUUAUUUAUGUUAAUGAGUAUGUACAGAUGUCACAAGUUUUUUAAAGGGAAGAUACAGGACAACUGGUAUUUAGGCAGGGCUAGUUAACCUGGGUCGUGUCAAAUCUGAGUAUCACAGAGGUUGGUAAAGUAGGAUCAAGUUUACAUCUGUGUUUGAAAAUGUAAGUUGGAACUGUUUCCCUUUUUUUGGUUUGUUUUUUUCUAUGUAAUGUACAUUAGCAUUUCUGGUUUGAAGUGCAGCUGGUUAGUUUUACUGUUAACAUACAAUGGUGAUAUUUUUGUCACAUUAUUUACUUUUAUAGUCAUCUGUAAAUGUUUUAUCAUCACAUCUUGGAUGUAUUAUCAACCGAUUUUUGAGCUACACGUGCAUAGGUUUUCAUUGUUACCUUGUGGAUUUAUUAGGACUUUUUUUUAACAUUAUUUGAUAACUGUAUCAGAAUUUUUUAAAGGCUGGCCCAAAUGUUUAGUAUUUUUCUUAAUGCCAAAUAAA